AUGGCUUUCGGGAUCUCAAAGGAGUCUUCGCGGGGCUCGCAGCCUUCCCCCUCUACUGAGGUAGAGCGGUUCGAGCCGGGGAUUAUGAAAAUACCUGUUGAGCUCACUAUAAAGAUCAUUGAGCUCAUGGACUUCCGCAGUGUAUUGAGUCUCGUCCGGACAAACAAAAUGUUCAAGGAGAUCUAUGAUGGUAAUCGAGGGCACAUUCUCUUGACUGUCUUGAAGACGGAGUUGAGCCCGUUCGAUCAAGCCUUGCAAGUCGUUGCGUUCGAGCCCGAGGACAUCGAAGUGCCACUGGGCCCCUGCUUGCGCCGAAGGAUAUACCACAAGAACAAGCUAGUUUGUGAGGGAGAUAGACUCCAACCAGGGGAUGAUGCUCAUGUUCUGCUUCGACCUCUUGUGCUCGAUGAGGAGCAUUUCGAGCGUCUCCUCCGCCUUGUCGAGACCGUCAAAGCAUGGGAACAGUUAUUUCCGCGGUACCGAUUUCAGACUGCGUCGGAUUGUCGAGAGCUACAACCUCAUGAAUCAGAAAGACUCAGAGCAGCUCUGUAUCGCUGGAUGUCUUACGCCCAGUUCUUCCACGGGGAUCUCCCGCGACCCAACAACUUUGUACCUCAGCAUGGUUCCACGGACAUCCGAUGCAAGCAGCUCCGGUUAUUGUCGGACCAUGAGCUGCAUGAGCUGGACGACCUUUGGGAAACGGUGCGACGCAUGGUACAGGGAGACAUAUGCCCAUCUACAGAGGCAGUGUUGAAAGACAUGGAUUAUUCCAUCUCGAGGGAAGAGGCUGAGCGAAUCGGCUUUGGCACGUCCAGGCUGAGCAUGAUGCGGGCUGCAUUUAGCUGGAACGACUCGACCUUUGUGGACUUCGACACCAAUGUGAAUUCCGCCAUCGUUGACACAGUUCUCAAGCUGUCACCGGCUGAGAUCCUGGACUUUGCUACCAACAAGUGCUCGAGAGAUAGACUGGUUCGUGAGGUUCGCCUGGCGCACCCAAGCAUUCUCCUCGACCGGCAGAGCCUUGGGCAUGCUCUUUCUGCUGUAAAGGACGAGCGGCUUGAAGACCGCGAACCCUCACCGUCGAUGGGUUGCUAUGGCGCUCUCAAAGAUGCGAAGGACGGCAGUAGCGGCGGAAUUCUAGACUUCAUGGCCUUGGACGAGGAGAUACGCGGACCUUGGUCUCGGGAAGGCAAGAGGGGGCUCGGCUGGUCUGCGCAGGAGGAGCCAGACCUCGGAAUCCGCGUGGUCAUGAACAAAGGUCGCCUGGAGCCGUAG